CAAGGCGGUGAAUAAGCUUUUUAUCGCUUGUCGAGAUUCGUUUCGAAAACUAGUUUUACAUGGUUACAGCAGGUGACUGUUGACUAAAAAGUAUUCUGGACGACUGUAUUCAAGGUGUAGGCCGUACGUAGAGUUUAUAAUCCAUGCGAUUUUGUCGUUAGAAAAGUUAAAACUCGAGGCCCAGCCAACGGAGCAGCACGGAAGAAAAAAGUUUUGUUAUUGUCAUGUGACGUGAUACGCAUGUGGCGAUAAAGUGUGGCUAAUCUUUCGGCGUAUUUACAACCAGUUACUUGAUUUCAGCGUACAAGUCCUAUUUUCAAGGCAUGCCUCAACCGAAAUAUAGAAAGAUUGCUGUUUUGGGGUACCGGUCUGUAGGAAAGUCCUCUCUCACUAUUCAGUUCGUGGAAGGGCAGUUUGUAGAUGCAUACGACCCUACAAUCGAAAAUACUUUUAAUAAAAUGGUGUCUGUAAAUCGACAAGACUUUAAUCUUCAGCUGGUCGACACUGCUGGACAGGAUGAGUACUCAAUUUUCCCACAGUCUCACUCAAUGGACAUUCACGGUUAUGUUCUGGUGUACUCUGUUACCUCAAUGAAAAGCUUUGAAGUGGUUCAGGUUCUACAUGACAAGCUGCUUGACAUGGUUGGAAAAAUACAGGUGCCUACAGUAUUGGUUGGAAAUAAAAAAGACCUUCACAUGGAAAGAGUUAUUAAACCAGAAGAAGGCAAGAAGUUAGCUGACUCUUGGGGAGCUGCCUUUAUGGAAUCAUCUGCCAAGGAAAACCAGACAGCUGUAGAAGUUUUUAAGCUGAUUAUUUUGGAAAUGGAGAAAGCAGAUGGAAAUGCCCCAUCUGAGGACAAGAAAUGUUGUGUAAUGUAGGUGAUGGUGUCUUACAUAAACACACAGCAAGCUGCCUGGGCAAUGUUAAAAGUGACAUCACCACCAGUCAGCGCGGUUCAGUAUAGUGGUGGGACUGCUGUUCUAAACCUUUAUCCCACUCCUCACAGCAGCUGGAAAGAUUUAUAUAUGAGUGUAUACAAAAUUCAGAAAAGCACUAUGAAUAGUAUGUAAUCCCGGAAAAAGAAAAUCCCCUGAAAGGAAAAUAUCUAUAGCUUCACUUACACUACUGUUCAUUAUCCAUCAAAAUACUUAGAGGUGCAUUUGAAGAAAAUUGUUAAAGCCUCUAGUGUUUUAAUUGUACAUCUUAAAUUCUGACUUUGUUGCAAUGUUGGGCCACAUAGCACACAUCUAAUAACCUCUGUGCCAUAGGGAUUUGUUGAAUGAACUAUGACCUGGUCAACUCCUGCUUGAUAAUAUGCCUUCAACAUAACAUGAAUGAAUUAAUCAUGACUUAUAAAUCCAUUUUUCCAUUCAUGAUUUAAUGUACCUGAUGCACUCUUGAUGUGACUGGGCAGGUAUUAUAUUUUUUCCUCAACAAAUAUUGAGGCCUAAUGCAAGUGCACAUUUUUUAUUUUCAGGUUAAUUUCUCCUCAUUUUAUCUGCUUUUUUUGUCUCUUUGUUAUUAGAGAUGUGCUUUUUUUCUUUAAUUGAUUGUCUAGUAUAGCUUUGCUUUGGUUCAUGCUGCUGCAGCUGUGUGUAGGGUUUGUAAGAAAUGUAGUUCCAUAUGGUGCAAAAGUUCAUUGAACUUUUCCUUGACAAUAUACCAAAGUCAGUCAUCAGCAGGAAAAUGGCUUUUAAAUAAAUACUUUUAUGCCCUAGGAAUAAUGUAGUUGUUUUUUUUUUUUUUUUUUUGCUUUUGAGGUAAAGCAGUUAAUCAUGUUUUAUGGGAUGGUAUAGGGUAAAGUGGAGUUUGAUUAGAUAUUUAGUUUAGCUUCAAAUUAGGCAUUAACAUCAUUGUACAGCAAAGUCUGAAAAAUAGCAUAUCUUGAAUAUGUUGAAAUAUGAGAAUUGAGUUCCUGAAGCUUCAGAAAUUGAAAUGAAUAUUUACUUUCAGAUAGAAAAUUUAGAUUCAGAUCUCUCAAAACAUGUAGUUAUCCAUUAACAAACAUAAAAAAAUAUAUCUAUAUUUUUUUAAUUUUUGUAAUUUGUUCUGGAGAAAGUUUUGGGUUAAAGCAUUUGGACAGUAAGAAGGUAGUAACAUAAUGCUACAGUUUGGGGUAGGAAUGAAAAAGCCCUUACCAUCUGAGUUUGGAGGAAAAAGUGUUUUUCUUCUGUCAAGCUCUAAUUUUUUCAUUAUCAGCUGAUUGUUAAAAACUCAUGGAAAGUUUGAGAUUUAUCCCUUAACACCCAGACAUCCAAACUCUUUAUGAUAAAUAAAGCUAUAAUAUAAAAAACUAUUAAUAAUCUCAUUAAAUUACCACAGUGUUAUAAACUAAAGCAAUUUCCAAGUUAUUUAAUGGUGCCGCACACAAGUAUUCUAGCUGUACAUUUUUCAGGUGUGUGGUUUGAGAAAAUCUUUAGCACACUUGUGGUUCUACAAGGCAAAUUGUUUACUGGAAUAAUGGAAUUGGGUUGGGGUUCAACAUCGAAAGUUUUAGCUUUGUUGGACUGAUUUAACUAUUACGUAUUGUGCAAAUCCUACAUAUUAAAAACUAAAAUAUUUUAUGCUUGAUCAGCCCUAUAAUUCAGACUUAACUUGACUGUCCUUUUGGGGUCUUUAUUUUAAUUAGUGUAGAUAACUGCUAUAUUAAGAAAGAGAGGUGAUGCUGUUUAAAGUGCCUUUACUCCCAAAACAUGUUUGGUCUGUAAUUAUGUCGAAGCAGUGAAUCUUGUCAUAUAUUCUUUACACAAUGUAACGUGAAAGCUCCUACUCAUUUGGCAUCAGACUGCAGUUUGUAUACAUCUUAUCCAGGCUAGUAGCUUGGCCCCACAUUGUCUUGGAUGAACACAUCAAGAAAGGGAUAAAAAUUGCCUGACAGGUUAAAUUAAAACAAUCAUCAUGUAAUCAAAUAAGGCUAUUUCUGGAAUUCAGUGUGAUAAAUCAUGGUGUCAUAAAAAUCAGCAGGUAGUUACCUUUAGUUUAGAUUACUGUUAGAAGGAGGAAAGUUACCAGCAUCCAUUUGUUUAUAAAAUAUUCAGACACAUUAAAUUUUGUUAAUAUAUGGUGCUCUUUCAGGGUUCUUCUUUUUAAUGUCACCUAAAGUUUGUAUUUAUGGGGAAUCCUCUUACUACAUGCCCAUAACCUGAAUCUCUGCUGUGGGGGUCAUAGUUAAUUCAGAAAAUCUUGCUGUAUACAAUUUUGUAUAUACAAAUAAAAUCUGUACUC